AUGCGAACGGCAGCGACUGCCUGGAGUUCAGAAAAGGAUGGAGAAUCUGCUGAAAGUGAUAAAAACAGCAAAGGUUCUGAUAGCACAGUGGCUCCUGAUGGAGGGUGGGGCUGGCUGAUUGUCCUCAACUUUUUUCUGGUAAAUGUAUUAGUAAUGGGAACAGUGAAAAGCUUUGCCGUUUUCUUUGUGGCUGUUCAAGAAGAUAUUGGUGGCUCCUCUGAACAUAUUAGCUGGAUUGGUUCCAUUAUGUCCUCGCUUCGAUUCCUAGCAGCACCUCUGGUAACUACAGUGUGUGAAAUUCUAGAGGAACGGAAAACAUCACUGUUAGGGGCUUUCCUGGUUGGUGCUGGCUGUCUUCUUAGCACACUGGCCACAAGCAUCCCUUUCCUUUGGGUCUCUAUGGGACUCCUGACAGGGCUGGGUUUUUCUCUGUUAUAUCAGAUAGCCGCUGUCAUGAUUGUUAAGUACUUCAGGAGAUACCUGGCUGUAGCCAAUGCAAUUGGCCGCUCGGGAAUGGGGAUGAGUGUUGUGCUAACACCAUUUGUUCAAUUCCUGAUAGAAACGUACAGUUGGCAAGGUUUCCUAUUGAUAUAUGGUGGCAUGAUGUUGAACCUUGUACCUUCUAGCCUGCUGCUACGGCCAAUUCAUAAGAAGAAAACUAGAGACCCAGGUCCUAGAAGUGAAGGCCACCAAGUAGCUGCAGGAAGUAUGUUUCCAGAGACUUUCAAAGAUAGCCUAGAUAAAAUCUGCACCAGAGAACUGAACAUACUGGAUCCUCCCGAUCAAGAAUGUGCUAAAUUAGACAACCUACAAAAGUCUGAUAAAGUACACUUAGCCUCAAUUAACUACAAGUUUUCAGAAAUGCCACAGAAAAAUGGUUGUCUGGAUGCCUACAAGAAUGAUAACCAAAUGGGUGAUCAAAACUGCAUCCCAUCAAAUGAAGAUGGAAAAUCCAGGGUGCAGUCCUUUAUCCGGAAGCAAUGCCAUCUUGUUGUUUCUCACCUGAAAAAUCCCUUCUUCUUUAUUUUCACAUGGUCUUUUCUCUUCAGUCAGCUUGCCUAUUUUAUCCCAACUCUCCAUCUUGCAGCCAGAGCCAAAACCUUGGGUAUUGACCCAAUGGAUACUGCUUACAUCAUAUUAGUAGCUGGGAUAGUAGAGACAGUCAGCCUACUGCUCUCUGGCUGGAUUGCUCAUCAAAACUGGAUCAACAAGUAUCAUUACCAUAAAACAUACCUCAUCCUUUGCGGGUUCACUAAUCUGCUGUGUCCUCUGGCUACAACCUUCCCAUUACUUAUGAGUUACUCUGUAACCUUGGCCAUUUUCACUGGUGGAUAUCUUGCACUGCUGUUUCCUGUGCUGGUAGAUCUUGUAGGUGCAGCCAGAUUUCACAGUGCCUUGGGACUUGCCUCAUUCAUUGCUGGGCUUGGAGUCAUUGCUGGACCUCCUAUAGCAGGUUGGCUGUAUGAUUACACACGGACAUAUGCAUAUUCCUUCAUUUUGGCGGGUAUAUGUUUCCUUAUUUCAUCUAUUUCAUUAUUCUUGGAGCCUUUAGCUCAAAAAUGGAGACAAGAAAAUUGAACCCACUAUUUAAGCAGGCAAGAUUUUGCAAUUCUCCAAAGCCUGAUCUUGUAGAAGUUAUAAAUUGUCAAUAAUAAACGAACUACAGGAUAGUCAUACAAGGUGUCUUUUUUAAAGUAUUGACUAUUAAUAUUCUGCAUGCCUGUAAAACUAUGUUGUGACUAUAUAUUUCUGAUUCACUGGAUGUGGUCAAGCAGAAGCUAGCCAGCCCUUUGUUAUGGAUGCUUUAGUUUGAUUCCUGCAAAGACCAAGGAGUCUGU